CCCUCGCGCCCGAGCCACGCCCCGCCGUUGGGUCCCGCGCGCUAGGCCUCUGCCUCCCGGGCGGCGCCAUGCGACCUGGGCCCACGCUGCUCCUCCUGGGCCUGGGCCUGGGUCUGGGCUGCUUCCCUUCGGCCUCCACCUCUCGCGGGGCGCCGGCCUGGCCAUCGGGGGCCCCUGGAGGCACCCCGGGGCUCCGGCUGCGCUUCCGCCCAGCUCGUCCAGGCCUGCGGCCCCGCGUGGCCCCCGAGGAUAACGUCCUCCCGAGGGACCGCGGCGAGUCCGGGUGUCGCGCGGCCCCGCCCCGCCCGGCCCAGUCUGCGCCGCGCCCCAACGCCAGCGGGAGUCCCCCGGGGCGCCCGGCCACCCGCUCCGACGGCAGAGCCGCAGUGGGCCUCUGUCGCUUCCAGCAGGUGAAGAUCGUCCGCGGCAGGGCGCAGGGCCCGGCGCUGCGGCGCAGGAAGGCAGAAGCACCCCUCGGGAACAGCGUCCUCCCACGGCGCGCUCCGCAGCUGCAAGCCUGGGCGCGCCUGCCCACCCUGCACGUCCCCGGGGCUUCUCUGCCUCCGAACCUGAGCGUGUUUAAUGUCACAGUGGCCCUCAGCACCCCGGGUGCCAAAGCUUUGCCGGGGAGAGACUCAGAUUCCAUCUCCACGGGACCUGUUAGGAGCCCCCGGAGGGCUCCCCUUAGAGAUGCCGGCCUCACAGUUAAUUUCUCAGAUGAGCUGAUUCUGAAUGGAGCCAUGUCCUCGGACCCAGAUGCAGACGCCCCAGUAGAGGGACUCCGUUUCUCCUGGUACUGUACCACCAAUGCAGGAAACUUCGCUGGCGAUCAAGUAACAGGGACAGACCAGGAAGUCUGUCACCCAGAUCAAGUCAGUCUGCACUGGCCAUGGGCCUCUGGCCGCGUACUGAGACUUUCACCAGAGACGCUUAGAGGGGACCGUGUGUACUAUUUCAGAAUGGUGACACAGAAGGGUCACAAAGCAGUGUUUUCUGACAAAAGGGUCCAUGUGCUGCGAGGACCAACACCCAUAGCACUCCUUUCAUGUAUUGAAAACUGUGAUCGAAUGUUAGCUGUAUCUCGCAGGUUUUUCUUGUUUCUGAACUGCACAAGUUGUGGCCGGCGGGAUGUCUACAGCUGGUCCAUCUUUUCUGCGUCGGGUAAGGAGGUGGCAUUUGACUGGACCCGGCAAACCAUAACAGGGAGGAACAGUGCUUAUCUAUCUGUGAAAGCCUUUGCCUUCCAGAGUUUUCUGGAAGCGCAGUUUUGGGUUUCUGUGUAUCUGAGGGGUUGGAGCGGUGUGACCUUGGAAUUCAGACAUUCCUUUAUCAUCAACCGCGGCCCUCAAGUCGGGGCGUGCCAAGUGCAUCCAGGGGAAGGAAUCGCAAUGUUUACUAAGUUUGUUGUGAAAUGCAGUCAUUUUGAGGAUAAGCACCACCCUCUUACAUAUAAAAUAACAGCUUCUGAUUUGGGCAGUGCUGGUGACAUGGCUUUGGUGAAAGAGAACACGCUGGGGACCAUCCUGUAUUGGGGGACACGGGCCACAACACCCCCCUCCUUUCUCCCUGUUGGGUCCUCUGCACAUCAUUAUGCCUUGAAGAUCUCUGCUCAGGUUUACGACUCCCUGGGAGCUUUUUCCCGGGUCACUCUCUCCGUCCCCGUGUGGCCUCCUACAGACAUCAGCUCCGCCAGGACCGUGUGGCAGCAGCUCCUCAAUGUCACCACGGGACCAAUGUCACUUCUGUCUACCUCGCUUGCUGGACAGCACUGGUUACUUGCAAGUUGCUUAAUGAAUGUGGUAGCUUCCGUAUUGGGUAGCAUGAAAACUGAGCAAACUCUCAGCGAUGGCAAAGCCCACCUCCGGGAGCAUCUGAUCAAUCAGUCCUUCGCGCUUCCCCUAAGGACUCUGGAGGAAGUGGGCCAGGUGGUGAUGGCUAUUGCCACAUUAACCCAGGAACCCUCUGAAGUCACCCAAGUUGCUCAGAAACGUGCCACAGUGAGACUAUGGCAAGCAAAUCAAGCCCUGCAAAUGUAUCACCGGGAAGACAAGCACUUCAGCUCCGAACAAAUAGAAAUGGUGAGCGCUGGAAUAUUAAUGAGUUUGUCUAAUCUACUUAAACGGGCUACUCCUCAUGAAGCGGUUGAAGAUCCUUCCUAUGUAGUGGAAUCUCUGUCAGACACGAUAUUGGCUCAUAAAGUGCCAGGGAGUGAAGCCACCGUGCUACGGGCUCCCGGCCUUAACAUGUAUGUGGAGAAAGUUGCAAAGUGGGAUGUUGCCCAGGCCUUCAGAAAAGACAAACACGGCCAAAACUGGUUCCAUGCCAUACUAAAUGCAAGCAGGGUUCCUAGUCUGGCUGCAAAUGCUCCAGUUUCUGUGGUGGUCUGUGAGUUCACACAUGAGCCGUUUCCUUGGUUAAGUUACCCAGAAAGCAUUUCGACGGAGGUGGACGGGUUCAGGAUGACGGGGGCCACGGAUAACGGGACUGUGGUAGAGAUCAUGCCUGACACGGUGGAAGUAUACCUCACCAGAAAAAACCUGACCCGUGCGACUUUUAAUCUCACAGUGGGACCUGACCGUGAGGUCGCUGGCUCCUCGAAGAUGACAACAGGGGGGUUUAGCUUGGAGGUGGACAGCAGAGGAGUUAGGGAGGUGCUGGUCCACAUCGUGACAGAAGUGACUGUGCUGUUGACAGUGUUGGUAUAUGUGGGCCGUCAUGUCACCCCCACCCACCUGGUGGCCACCUUCUUGGUGCCCCAUGACAUGCCUCCACUUGUCACCCAGAGUGGCCUGUUUGACCCGGCCUGUGCAGUCAGGGUGGCUCGAGUGGUCUGCCUGCCCCUGUCCCUGCUGCAGGUCAUGGCUUGGCACAGCCAGUCGCCCAAGUACAACAUAUCUGUGGUCCUGCAGGCCCCGAGCUUUGUCCUGGAGCCCACUGACAAGCUAGUGAGAAUUUCUGUCUUCAGCGCCCGCUGCUUGGACAUGUACAGGAGCCAGAGCGAGUGGAGAGAAGACGCUUGCAUGCUGGGCGAGAAGACCACCUGGGACAAAGUGCACUGUACCUGCAGGGACGGAGGGAGGCCCGGGCGGCAGCUGAGGAAUCCGACUCGUGUUCCCCUGCCUAUGCACUAUGUGAUGGCCAAGGUGACCUCCGUCCCUAACCCUGUGGAUCUACGGUGGACGGUCACACCGGCCCGUCAGCACAACCCUGUGACCCUCCUCGCUGUGCUUUUCAUUAUGCUCAUCUACACAGUUCUGGCUUCCUGGGCCUUGCGCAGGAAUGAGAUCGACCAACUUGUUCGGGACUGUGUGGUUGUCCUGCCUGAUAACGAUCCCUAUGAUAGCGUGUGCUACCUGGUCACUGUCUUUACAGGAAGUCGCUGUGGGGCUGGAACCACGGCCAACGUCUUUGUCCAGCUUAGGGGCACAGAGGGCACCAGCGACGUGCAUUGGUUAAGCCACCCACACUUUGGAACUCUCUUCCGAGGAAGCAUCAGCACUUUUCUUCUGACGACAAAAAGGGACUUGGGGGACAUCCGUUCCAUUCGAGUGUGGCACAGCAAUGAGGGCAAGGCGCCUAGCUGGUAUUUGAGCCGAAUCAAGGUGGAGAAUCUGUUUAGCGGCCGCAUUUGGCUGUUCAUGUGCCGCAAGUGGCUUUCUAUUGACACCACUUUGAACAGAACAUUUCAUGUUUUGGGUCCAGAUGAUCCUGUGAAAAGGAAAGACUUCUUCCUCAUUGAUCUGACUUAUAAGCUCAGGACACACCAUGUGUGGUUCUCGGUUUUCACUGGUUUUGUCGCCAAGCCAUUCAGUAGACUCCAAAGGUUGUCCUGUUGCUUAGCAACAUUGCUAAGCUCUCUUUUUUGUAAUAGUGUGUUCUUCAAUCUGCACAGGCACGAGCAGGUUGCGUCAAGAGACGGGCGCUACGUCAGAGCAAUGAUGAUAGCAGUUGAAAGUGUCUUAAUCACCAUCCCGGUGCAAGUGUUAAUAACUUUUUUCUUCUCCCAUUCCCAGAAAAAACCCCAAGUGGAUCUAGAUGAGGUGGUUCCUCAAAAGCAACCUCUGACAUUGGAAGACAGUGGAUGCUGGGAGGAGCGCUUGUGCAAGUGGUAUGCGUGUGAAGCCGCCAAGGGGGGCACCAGUGAAGACUCAGAGCCCACUUUUAAGGUUUCCCCCGGGCGGCCAAAGGCUUCUGUCCAGGUGGCCACUGAGGCAGCGCACCAGCCUGAGAAAGCAGAGACCAAUACAAAUGUCCAUAACAGAAACGCAGAAGACACUCAAGAUGUCCCUUCUGGAGUGCCCUCCUCCCAACAGGAUCCUGAACGCCGUCAGACCCAGCCCUGGCUCACCCUGCCUCAGUGGUCUGUUUACAUAGCAUGGUUCUUUGUGCUCACCACGUGUACCGUAUCCUCGUUCUUUAUCUUAUUUUACGGCCUGACUUACAGCUAUGACAAGUCAGUAGAAUGGCUCUUUGCAUCAUUUUGCUCAUUCUGUGAGUCAGUUUUUCUGGUGCAGCCGCUGAAGAUUAUACUUGAGUCAGGCAUCAGGACAAAUAAGCCCAAGUACUGUAAAGACCUGGCGUGGUCCACUAAGCAUCAGUAUAUGGAGAUCAGGCUGCAGGGGAUGAGGAUGAGUCCAGAUGAAGUGCAGAAGCUCCAGGAGCACAUCGCCCACCUGCGCGGCUCGAGGAUGUACCAGCCUCUCACGGAAGAUGAAGUCAGGAUAUUCAGAAGGAGGAAGAGGAUCAGGAGAAGAGCUGUGUUGUUCGUGAGCUACAUCGUGACCCACUGCAUCUUCCUGGCCCUUCUGUUCCUCUUCAUCAUCCUGCUGCGCCACACUGACAGCUUCUACUACAACAAGUUCAUCCUCGACCGCUUCUCCACUGACCUUGCUGCCGUGACAAAGCUAGAGGACAUCUACAAGUGGCUCAACCUCGUGCUCCUGCCUCUGUUCCACAACGACCAGAACCCGACCUUCCUUCCCGACAGCUCCUCCAAGAUCUUGGGGCUUCCACGCAUGAGACAAGUGAGAGCAAAACCUACUGGAAAAACGUGUCCACUUGCUAAACGUUUCAUGCAGAACAGCAUGGCGGGAGAAAUUCACUGUCAUCCCAAGUAUGGCGCUGACCCGGAGGACACGAGAAACUACUCUAGGUUCUGGAGUGAAGUCAAUAAGCAGGCUAUGGACAGGAACACUGAUGGGUUCACUUACAAACCUCAGGGAAAGACAUGGGUGUAUUAUUCCUAUGGACUGUUAGAGACCUAUGGAUCCGGAGGGUAUGUAUUCUAUUUUUUCCCAGAACAGCAGCAGCUUAAUUCCACACUGAGGCUCAGAGAGCUGCAAGAAAGCAGUUGGCUUGAUGAGAAGACAUGGGCUGUGAUUGUGGAACUAACCACCUUCAAUCCGGAUGUCAGUCUGUUCUGCAGCAUUUCCGUCAUAUUUGAGGUGUCUCAGCUAGGAGUUGUCAAUGCCAGCAUCUCCACACACGCCUUCUCCCUUGCUGAGCUCCACAGCGAAUCAUGGGCAGAAAUCUACCUGUAUGUGGCCAUUCUCAUUUUCUUCUUAGCCUACGUUGUCGACGAGGGCUACGUCAUCACGCAAGAGCGAGCCUCUUACAUGAAAAGCGUGUACAACCUGCUCAACUUCGCUUUAAAAUGUAUAUUUACUGUGUUGGUCACGCUCUUCUUCAGGAAGUAUUUCUUGGCUGCUGGCAUGAUCCAGUUUUACUUGUCCAGUCCACAUGACUUCAUUCCUUUCCACGCAGUUUCCCAAGUAGAUCACACCAUGAGGAUAAUUCUGGCUUUUCUGUUAUUUCUGACCAUCUUGAAGACCCUCAGGUAUUCCAGAUUCUUCUAUGAUGUGCGUCUGGCCCAGAGGGUCAUCCAGGCUGCCCUUCCUGGCAUCUGUCACAUGGCCGUUGUGGUGUCCGUGUACUUCUUUGUGUACAUGGUCUUUGGUUACCUGGUAUUCGGCCAACAUGAGUGGAACUACAGUAACUUGAUUCACACCACUCAGACAAUAUUCUCCUACUGCGUCUUAGCUUUUCAGAACACUGACUUUUCCAGUAACAGGGCUCUUGGGGGCCUGUUCCUCUCCUCUUUCCUGCUGGUGAUGGUCUGCCUCUUGAUCAACUUGUUUCAGGCCAUGAUCUUGUCUGCGUACGAGGACAUGAAGCAGCCCGUGUACGAAGAACCGUCGGAUGAGGUGGAAGUCAUGUCUUACCUGUAUCACAAGCUAAGAAGGGUCUUUAGCUUUCUGACCCUCGACCCUAGGGCCAGAGAUGAGUCUGAGUUCUUCAUCGACAUGCUGUACGGGCAGCCAGAGAAGAAUAGCUGCCGGCACCUGGGGCUGAAGACCCGAAACAUUAAUGGGAAGAAAAUGGUUUACCUUGUUGUUUGAUCAGUGGUGACUUCAAGAACCACACGCCAGAGCCUCCCCGAACGCACACUGUAUGGGGGUUCAGGAAUGGUCUGUGGCUCAGUCAUGCCUCCUACACGGCGCACUCUCAUGUGGGAAGCACCCCCACUCUGGCUCUGCUCCUGAGCGCAGGAAGCAGGCACGGAGUGCUCAGGGAGAGGGGAGGGUCACAGUGUGGGGUUCCUGGACUGACUUCCUUCUAGCUGGGGAUGGGUGACUCCUGGUUCAGCGGCUGCACUCACUCCUUAGCAGCCUGCAGCAGUGUAGAGGGGUUGGAAUGGCUGGUUCUGAGGGGAGGAGCUAACCAGGUCCCAUUUGGACUUGUCCAGGCAGAGCAGUCUCUGGUUUAGCCAAUGGCCUCAGCCUUCCUGAACACCCCUCCCCUUUUUGAGCCAGGGCUGAGGAGCCUCCCCUCCCCCAUGCCUGGUGGGCCAGUGCCAGGGAACCCUGUGGGGAGCGCCAGGGAACCCUGUGGGGAGCGCCAGGACUUGCUCUUGAGCUUGGGAAUGCAGGGACGGGGGCAUUGGAAUGCAGGGGUCAGAAGUCUGAACUUCCCACUAUUCUUUGAGGCUCCUGCAGUUCAAGUAAACUGUUGUAAUGUUUCUGAGUAAGAGACCUGCCUUUAUGAAGGAAGAGGCGUGGAUGGGUUCUCACUGAAAUAUAGUGCAUGUUGUACAUGCUGAAUAUAGCCACGUAUGCAUCCAGGA